AUGAUAUCCGUUUCCUUGCCGACCGUCUCGGUCGGCUCCAACAUCUUCUUCGCUCUCGCCCUCUGCCUCAUCUCCGUCUUCGUCCUCUUCAUCUUGCGCCGCUUCCUCACCCUUCGCGCCACGCCCGCCUACCUACUCGUCCCAAUCUUUCUUGCUCUUGCCCUUCCUGCCAGCGUUGUUCUUUUGGUGCCUAUCGAUUUGGCGUCAAGUUCUCGCGAUGGCAGCGGAGCCAAGGCAAUCUGGUUGCCGGACCGCGUGGUUCUCGUUUGCUGGCGCAUUGCCUACUGGUUGAUCUUUGUGAUGACUUGGGCCAUCCUGCCUCUGCUUGGCGAGUAUGUCGAUUCCGGAUACCGCGAACCCAAGGCCCGCAUCAUGUACUCCCUCCGCUCGAACGCCCGAUACCAAAUGAUUGUGCUGGCCUGCGCCACAGUCGGUCUGAUUUACGUUUCGAUCUCAAACGGGUUCGAUUUCACCUCUAUCAAGGGUCUAGUCAUGGCCUUGGCCUAUGUCUGGGGUCUCGUGCUCGCUAUCUACCUCAUGGGUCACGGGUUGGUCGCGAUUCCGCGUAAUCUCUUCCGCAAUGCCAAUGCGAGCGGUCGACUGCGACGGAUUCAGGUCCAAGCUCCCAAGAUCCACGACCGUCUGAUGGAUGCCGUCAACGAACUGGAGAGUCUCAAUGCGCAGGUCUCGCAGCUCCAGCAGCGCAAGACAGGUACCGCUCGCGACUUCCAGGAGUGGAUUGAAGACCUGUCGGAAAGCCCCGGGGCAUCCGACGUGCGCGCUCCCAUCCUCGAGUCUUCCGAAACCUCCGGCACUAUUCCCUCGGUCAUCACGGAGCGCUAUCUAGCGGAUUUGACGAGACGCCUGCAGCGCGCCCGACACAUGAAGGCUCGCUUUGUGGAUGAGUGGGAUCGUCUCGUGCAGUCGGCGUCGGAUGUGCAGGCGAUUAUUAACUCUGCGGCGUCAAAGAAGCUCGACUUUGGCACGGCCCCGCGUCGAUCAUCUUACUUCCCGCGCGUGAAAUUCCUGACUCCAUACAUUCGCUACCAUCUCUAUUCUAAUGUGAUCCCGACCCUGAGACUUGCAUUUGGAGCAUUUUUUGCCGUGGUCUCUGGCUGCAUUGUCUGGUCCGAAUUGAUCAAGUCCCUGGCCCCGCAGGUGUCGGCAGUCACCUUGACUGUGGUUCCUAACUGGAAGGAUGAGAAACCCGUUGGGUUCGGUAGCCAGGUGGCUGCUUCUGCCUGGCUCUUGUACAUGUGUUCCGCCGCGCUGGUCGGUGUAAACGAUGUGAAGGUCUGGGGCAACCGGGCUCUCGUGCGACGCAACACCUACGGCGAAAGCGCCUGCUGGUACGCCAGUCUGGUAGCCCGUUUGACCGUCCCGAUCGCAUACAACUUUUUGACCUUCUUGCCCAAGGACUUCCGCCGCGGAACUACUUUCUACGAAUUCCUUGGCAAACUCAUCAACCUGACCCCUCUCGGCAAAGGAUUCGACUUCAUUUUCCCGAUCUUCAUUCUUCUUCCCAUCUGCGCAACCCUAUUCAACCUCUACGGCCGCAUCAAAAAGAUUUUCGGCUUCGACCUCGAAGACGACCUCGAUGACAUCGAAUCCAACCCAGCCGGCUACGGAAUGGGUGGCUGGCGCGAAGGCCGCGAUCUGAUCGAGCGCGAGCUGAACGGGUUCGGCUCAUUGGCCGUCUCCUCUCGCGGCGCCCGAUCCACCUGGGCAUCUGAUCGCAGUGACGACGACUCGCAUGGGUCAUCCCGGCUGCGUGUCCCAGCUGCGGAGGGCUCACGAUCUCCCCGGCCCACCCAAACCCAAAGACCCAUGACAGCCCCCCAAGUCAUCGACGGCGAAGACGAAGAAGAAGAAAACUUUUUCCAAUCCUUCGCUCACCGUGUACGAAACACCUUUGAGACGACCAAUACCCCUCAAUGGUUCGAAAACGCCCGCUUACCUCGUUGGAUGUCGGGCGAUAACACCAAUGCGGAAGAGGGGGAAUCACGAGGCUCUUUGGAGGCAGCGCUGUCCCUGGUCGCUUGCGACUGGGCUAAUUCGCUACGAGUCUUACUAGAGUAUUUGCAUAUCCGGUGUUUGGGUCUUCGCUGCUGGACAGUGUAA